UUGCCAUUUAGCUGCAGCUAGCUAGCUUUACCAAACAGAUUAGUGACCGUUUGUGGUCUUAAAUUCAACUAUCAACUAGUGGGGGAUGGACGAAUGACUUGAACCAAGCGGGCAAUGAUUUUAACACAUUGUAUUUUAUUCGGAGAUCAUAGUUAUCUCGGUAGCGUUAACCAGGUAGCUAACUGCUAAUAGAGCUAACAGCUGUUAGCACUGAUGGUGUCUGGACACUCCUUCUGACCUGAGCUUCGUUAUUGGCGACCAAUUCGCUUUGAUUGAACUAAGUGUUACCUGUUUAAUCAUCAGCUAUAGUUUCGUCAAAACCAACCAGUCUACCAACCAGUUGCUACUUUAUAUUUUGAGGAUGGACAAGUUUGUAGUGCGGCUGCCCAAAGGGGAAACACCUAUAACAUCCAAAAGCAACGAAAAGGUUUACAAACAGGCAACCAUUGAAUCUUUACGGAGGGUGGUUGUGAUCGAGGAUAUCAUGCGCUACAAGUCCAUCCUGGAGCUGCCACAACAGAGCAAGGACAACCUGCUGACCGCCUUGACAGAGCUGAGCAAGAAGAUCCCAUCCAGGGAGGUGCUCAAGUCCACCAAAAUAGGUCACGCUGUCAACAAAAUGCGGAAGCAUCUGGACCCUGAGGUGAGUUCAGUGGCUGCGAAGGUUUACACUGACUGGAGGACGUUCAUUGAGGAGAAUUCCAAUAAGCCUGCUAUUGAAGUGCGCUCCGACAAACAAUCUGAAGGACUCCGGAGCAACGCCAGACGACUAAUGUCUGAGGCGCUGGAGGUCAAGGAGGAUUCUGGUCUUAUAGACAACAUAGAGAGAGAAGUGUUUCACCAGAGCUCCCGCUUAGUCAGCAGUUCAUACAGACGGACUGUUAGAGCGCUGGUGUUUGCCUUCAAACACAACCCUGAUAUCCGGACUCAAGUGAAGGACAACACAAUAUCAGUCAACCAGCUGGUUUCUAAAUACAAGAAAUAACUGAAGACUUCUGUUUUUAUACUUGAAAUUUGUUAAAACUUUACAAAUUUUCUUUAUUUUCUGUAAAGGGGAUACAAAAUAUUUUUACACUUUAUGGCACAUUAGCAGCCUUACGAUGUUUUAUAAAUGCAUGUAAAAAGAAGUACUUUAUUGUUGGUGGUCAUGAUAAUGUCAUCCCUUUAUACUGGAAUCAUUCCGUUUUUUUUUUGUUGAUCUGUUUUUAUACUGUUGGUGAACAUUUUUAUACAAAAUAUAAUUGAAAAUAAGACGACGUAAGCUUUCGAGUCCUUUGUUAAGACCAUAUGUAUAACUGUGCAUAUAAUUCUAAAGCAGCACCAGCCAAACAAUAGCUAUCACCAUGAGAAUAACAGCCAAAACACAGAUGCUGAUGAAAACGAUGUCGCUCAGGUCAUGAGGCACAGCUUCCGGACCCCCUGCAUCGUCACUGCUGUCAUUGUCAGUUUGCUGGGCCUGCUCCUCGAGACGUCGCUCCUCUGCCGAGAUGAUUGACACUGACGCUAUCUUCCGCAGGGCGUCACACUGCACUUUAUACUCUUGCACAUUCUGCUGCUUCCCAUCAGAGAAAUCGAUGUAGAGUUUGUUUACCAGCACUGUGAUGUUCCGGUGUUUCUGCAAGGG